AUGUCUUGUAAAAUACAAUAUUUUCGUCGGUUUCAUUUGACAGUCAACCAGACUUUGCUUGCCUUGUCUACUUUGAAUUUUCAUAUAAAUGGCAAAGCUUUUCUCUUUUUUGCAAGUCAACGAAGAAUGGUUGGUUGCCAAAGUCCUAAACCUAAAAAGUCAGCUAUUUAUACCAAGACUGGAGAUAAAGGCACAUCAAGUCUUUAUAAUGGUGAACGAAGGCCAAAAUAUGAUGAUACUUUUCAUUCUUUAGGAACCGUGGAUGAAUUAAAUUCUAGUAUUGGAAUUGCUAAUUAUUAUUGUAAAAAGGCUGGAAAUGGAUUAGAUGAAAAGUUAGUCGAGAUACAAUGCAAAUUAAUUGAGAUUGGUUCUAAUAUUGCAACACCACGAAGUUCUUCAAAUGAAUCUAAAAUAUCUUAUACAUCUUUUGAUGAUGAAAUUGUUACAACUCUGGAAUCUUGGAUUGAUCAUUAUGAUUCUCAACUUCCUCCAUUAAAAAAUUUUAUUCUACCUUCAGGUGGUGAGAGUGCUGUAUUUUUACAUCAAUGUCGCUCGAUAUGUCGUAGAGCUGAACGUAUUACAGUACCAUUAGUGGAAGCAGGAAUUGUGGAUAAUGCUGUUGGAAAAUACUUGAACAGGUUAAGUGAUUUCUUUUUUGUAGUAGCUAGAUAUGCUGCUAUGUUUGAAAACCAUACAGAAAAUAUUUAUCAUCAAAGAAGGCAGGAUAAACCUAAUUUUUCAGUAUUUUGGUGA